AUGGCCUUGGAGGCAGACAGCGACAGAGGUUCAUCAAGAAGCGCUCAUGAAAAAUAUCCCCGGGCAGCGUUGGAGCGCAACGGCUACGUGAGGACAUGUGUCACCCCGUUGUACCAGGACGCACGGAGCGAGUCGUGGCUGAGACUCGCCGUGACAUGGACUUGCCGAGGAGUGUCGUCUGCGGUCUACGUUGCCUCCGUCUCCGUUAUCCUCGCUCUGCUGCUCAGAUUGGUCGACUGGGAUGCAGGCAGCAGCAGCAAAGGAAAUAGCAGCGGCUCUCGUCCUCAUUUCGCGGCGGGCUGCGCUGUGGAGCUGCUUCUGACUGCGUCUUACUGCGUCUCCCCCGUUUUUACACUCGUAUGUGCCUUCUUCUGGGUCGGGCUGUAUCUGAUUCGCUGCGGGGUGCUCACCCGUACCGCGGUUUUUUUGUUAACGCUGUGCCACUUGGGCGAAGCCGCGGCGCAGUCCCUCCUGCGCGGCGCCGAGGAACAGCUGCUGUCCCUGCCCGCAACCCUGGUUGUCCUCGGCUGCCUGGGUAGCGGGGCUCUGCUGGUCGUCCGGCUGCGUCAGGGAGUGUCCAUCCUCCUCUUCAUUAGCGUCAUCAGGGCCGUCUCCCUCGUCUCUCUGAGCCGAGUCCGGGCCAGCUGGAGACCCUACCUGGCCUACCUGCUGGGACUGCUGGGGGUUUUGCUUGCGAGGUAUGCUGACCGGCUCCUGCCGGCCCCAGGGACCAGCGGGACGGGGUGCUGUGGCUCUGUGACCGGGGCGAAGGAGGAGGACAUCCCUGUCUUCAAAAGGAGACGGAGGUCCAGCUCCAUAGCGGCCUCGGAAAUGAUGGCUCACAGUCAGAGCAACAGCAAGUCCCACCGCAGGACUUCGCUGCCUUGCAUUCCGCGGGACCAGAUUAUGUGCCAGCCAGAAUGGGACUACAAGAGAGCUCUGAGCAGAUCCCAGUCUUCGGGCACCAGCGUGGUAGUGGACAUCGCGGUGAUGGGUGAGGCCCACGGUUUGAUCUCAGACCUGCUGGCAGACCCCUCGCUGCCCCCUAACACCUGCAGCUCUCUGAAGGCCGUCAGCAACCUCCUUAGCACCCAGAUCAGCCUCCAGCCGCUCCACCGGCCUCGCGUACCUGCAGACACACACACCUGCUCUGACUCUGAGGAGGGGCCGGAAAAAGCAGAGAGGCUGGCCAUUCCAAAGCGUCUAAGACGGAGUCUGCCCCCAGGACUGCUUAGGAGAAUCUCGUCGACAUGGACCACGACCACCUCAGCAACAGGGCUGCCGACCAUCGAGCCUGGCCCGGUUCGCCGCGACCGCUCAGCCAGCAUCAAACACACAACAGACAGCGAUUCAUGGAAUAACUCAGUGAUGAUGACCAUCUCAAAGAGUCGCUCCAUGUCUGCCUCCUGUGCUGCCUCUGUCACAUCCAACCACAUCUACAGCAAACCACUUGGAAGACCAGGUUUACCCCCCUCCAACGUGUCACCUCUGGCCUCUCCUUGCCCGUCUCCUCCCGUCCAGGGGACUCCUGUCUCCAGCCCCACUACAAAGACAUGUUCAGUGCAGCUUCCUGAGCUGGCUGGGCCCCUGACAGAGAGGACCCCUGGCUCUGUGGCCCCCAAGAGCCACCACAGAGCCUUAACUCACAGCCAGAGUGCCCCGAGCUCCACCACCCCUCACUGGCGACCUCCGCUGCUCUGCGGCAGCUGUGGCAGGCCAUUCAACAAUCGACUAAACCAUGGCGUAGAAUCUGUUGACAAAGGAGACAGAAUACCCCAUCCAGGUAAACAGCUUGUGAGUGGUUGA